AUGUUUUUUAAUUUUGUUUAUUAAUUUUAUAGAAUCAUUGAAUUUUAUUUGCAUAAUAUUUUCCAUUAUAAAAAAAUAAAUACCAAAAAAGAAUGUCUUAAUUAUAAGAAAUUAUUGAAAUACCAAAUACAAUAAUUAAAAUAAAUAAACAAAUAUCAAUUAAUAUAAAACUUUAGUUUUUUUCCAUUUAAAAACUUAUUAUUAUCUUAGCAAAUUUAAUUUGAUAAGGCGAGCUUUUAAGCUUUGCUUUAUUUUUAGGAUUUGAAUUAGAUGCUUUAAAUACUUAACAAAACAAUGAUUUAAGGUAUUAUAAAAGGAUUUAUUACAAUAAUUUGUUUAAUAUAAAUUUAUUAUUAGAAAGUUAUUUUUAUAAAAAUAUCUGUAAGGUUAUUAAUUAAAAUGUUAGAAAUUAACAAAUUGUUUUAUUUUAUAAAUUAUAGAUAUUUUAUAUUUUAUAGAGUGAAUAAAUUAUAUCUAAUUAUUAUUUAUGACUCGCAAAGUUUAGCUGGGCAACAAAAAAAGUUUCUUUAUUAAUUAUUAAUGAAUAUUAUAAGUUUUAUAAAAUAAUAGUAGUAUUUAGUUUAUUUUUUAUUUAUUUAUUAGUUAGUUAAUUAAUUAAUUCUUUAAGAACAGUUAAACCUGCCAAAUUGGGCACACUUAUUAGCUGAGAACUGGUUAAAAAUAAGCUUUUAUCCAAACUUAACUUUUCAUUUUAAUAAUGCCGUAUAUUUUAUUUAGAUAAAUUAUUUUUCCCUACUUGCCAACUUUAGUACAGAUUAUUUUUUAUUUAUUUAUUUCAAUUCAAGAUUAUGA